AUGCAAAUACUUUCUUUAAAUUUUUUAAUAUAUACUAUUGGUGGUGUUUGGCAGCCUAUCGAGUGGUCAUCGAAUAGCGCUAAACUAUUGUAUAAUGCAUUUACUUUUAUUGUAUUAGUCUUGGAAUAUUUUUUAACAUUAACCCAAUUUAUGGACAUUGUUCUUGUUAUCGAUAAUAUCGAUGAUUUCGUUGCCAAUUCUGUAACAUUCGUGAGUAUGAUUGGUGUUUGUUGUAAAGCGACUACCAUCGUAAUACGUCGAAGUGCAAUUGUCAACUUAAUACAAGUAUUGUGUAGCAAACCAUGUAAACCGCAAAACAAGGAUGAAGAAACGAUACAAACAAAAUUUAACGAGUUUAUCAGGUCAUGGUCGAUAAAGUAUUCACUUUUGGUAGUGAGUUCCUUUACAGGCGUCAUAAUAGGAUCAGUGUUAAAUAUAAUGCAAGGUCAUUUACCUUGUAGAAUAUGGUUACCAUAUGAUAUUAACGCAUCUCCACUUUUCUGGAUUAUAUUUGUUCAACAGAUCCUAUCUGUGUUUUUCGCUUCAGUUAUAAAUGUCGGCACAGAAACCUUAAUUUUCGGAUUACUUUUACAAAUCUGCGCUCAGUUUGAAAUUUUUGAAAGUCGUCUUCGCAAAUUAGUAGCUAGAAAAACAACUAAAUGUCUAAAAUAUUCGUCUAUUCCGUCAGAUAAUGAAAGACUGAUAAUAUCGCAAUACAUACAUCAUCAUCUCAGCAUUUACAAAUAUGCCAAAAUGGUAAACAUUAUAUUCAAUCAGGUGCUCUUUAUUCAAUUUUGCGGCAGUAUAUUAGUAUUAUGUACUUGUGUAUAUUAUCUAUCAGCACAUAUUACGGAAUUUGAAAGUGCUACUUUGAUAAUUUACACUAUCUGCAUGUUUAUACAAAUUUACAUUUAUUGCUGGUCUGGAAACGAAGUUAUACUUAAGAGUAAAAGUGUAGGAGAUGCGAUAUAUCACAUGGACUGGCCUCUGUUAUCAGUUAACGAAAAGAAGGAUCUACUGAUAAUUAUGAUACGCAGUACAAUCCCUAUAAAAUUUACUAGCAGUUUCUUGAUAACUUUAUCUCUCCAAUCUUACAGCAACAUCUUGAAAACUUCAUACUCGGUAUUUAAUUUGUUACAGUCGUAGAUGCAAAUAAUCGAAAAUGCGUAGUAUUGUAGCUUCUGUAAUAAGUCUGACUGCA